AUGUCACGUUAUUUUAAUGGUUUAUUCAUAUUUUCAGUGUAUUGUUACUGCUUUAACAUAAUAAUAAUUUCGGCACAAUCAAUUGACUUAAAUCAAUAUAAUUUAACAAAUACUUGCCAAAACGCGAUUAAUUCUGUAUCUCAAAAUCAAGAAGUUGAUAAAUGUCUUUCAUUUUCAACGAUCAUAGACACCAUACCAACAAUAGUCGAUCCAAGCACCCCUGAUCCUGUAAUUAAAAUUAAUCUUAUAGCACAAAAUGUAAAGACGGUCUGCCUCUUACCAAAAUGUAAUAUUGAUACAAUGCAACAAAUUACUCAGCAAUUGGGAUCAAAUUGUGUUCAAGAUUUGGAAUCAAAAAAUCCUGUCGUAAUGAUGACUUACAUUAUGUUUGCUUAUUAUAAACCUCUUCGUGAAAUCAUUUGUUUACGAAAUACUUCUAAUAAGUUUAAUGGAUUUUGCAUAUUGGAAACCAUCACGAACAUUGCAAAUGCUACUGCUUCAAAUCAAAAUAAAAAUCAAAAAAGGAGUCUUGAAUUUAAAAUUAAUCACAAAAUGGAAAUCGAUAUUGAUCAUAAUGUUGCAAAUUUAACGUCCACAAGUAUUUUUCACUCGACUACAUCAGAAUUGACCAACUUAUCAAGUACGGGAACUGAUAAGCUCACUCCAUCGAGCGUGGAAGCCAUUCAGCCCACUCCAUCGAGUGUGGGGGCCACUCAGCCCACUCCAUCAAGUGUGGAAGCCAACCAACCCACUUUAGCAAGUACAAGUGUACAAGAACAACCUACCAUUCCAACAUCAACAAAUAUUCCAACAUCAACAAAUAUUCCAACAUCUUUACCACCAACAACAAGCGCAGGAUCAUCUAAAGAUCCUCUGAUUUCAUUCGUAUUGCCAUUACUCAAAUUGCCACCAAAUUUACUGUGUACAGAUUGUAACGAGGCAAUGUUAUUCAUUUUAUUAAAAUAUUUCAAAGAAAAUCCAUCGACUUCAACAUCUUUUAAUGAUACACAAUUUACAGCACCCUUAAACUCAAUAUGUGGCACGUCUUUCACAGAUGGAAUUAUUUCAAAUACAAUAUCAAUAGCAACCAUCACUCCUAUAUUCAAUUCACUAAUCAUCUCAACACUUUUCUUUACGUUUUCCAUGUCAAUCAUCUUUUGUAAAAAUUAG